UGCCGAUCUUCCUGUCACCUUAUGGCCUCACAUGCUCGCUCAUUCUCAACACCUAUGGGCUCACAGAGGCCGAAUUCUUUGACCAAAACAAGGGGUUUGACUGCCGAGCGCCCAUCCCUGUGAACACAAUCGUCAACGUACCAGCCGGGCUUUCUCGCCGUGCACUGCCAUGUACUCUGCUAACUAU